CUUACAAGCAUCAUUAAAGCAGCAGAUUGUACCUAGCGUUGCAGUUGCUGGCAGGGCAGUCUGUUCUGAAAACUGCUAAAAUUGGUCAUGGAAACCAUUUUGGGGUGGCAUCUGCUGGGAUCAAUACUCCUGUGUCUAUGAGGAUGACUAGAAGAACAACUAAAUCAGUUUGUAAGCCAGAGGUAAUUCAGGAAUCUCAGUCUGAAGAGGUGGAACACGCAGAAACAAAGUCAGAUGUCAGUGAUAGCUUAGAGAUGCAAAUUACUAGAAAUGAGAACACGACUGUUCAUUCUUUACAAUCGGUUGCUGAACCUGGGGAUGUGUUAGAAGCAGAAUCCAACUGCUCUGCUGUGUCUGGUCUUCUGACGCCUUUGUUUGUAAGAGUAACAAGAAGACGACAAAUUGUAGUUCCUUAUCAACCGGAUUCUCCCGACAAGAAAAGGCACGACAAGACGGGUUUUCUAAAUAAGCUAAGCAGGAUUCUGGAUGAGGAUGAUACCUCUGAAGCCGAGUCUUGUUCCUCUGCUGUUUCUGGUGUCCAGAUGCCUGAUGUUUCCAGAACUACGAGAAGCAGGCAAAGCAAAAAGAAAUUGCAGCCAGAUACAGUUCGUGAAGCCCAGAGCAAAGAUAUUUCUGAUGCAGAGUCAUGCUGCUUAGGAUCUUGUAUGGAGCCAUCCGUCACUACCAAACGAAUUACUAGGAGCAUGCAAAUGAAAUCACAAGCAGAAAAUACUAAGCAGACUGAGAAAGGAAACAGAAUUGUUUCAGAAGAUGAGGACACCGUUAAAUCUGAGCCAGUAAUAAUUUCUGAUUCUAGACCUGCUGCAGAACUUCUCUCUGACACAGAAGAUGUUUCCAGUGUCACUGAAGAUAAUAAAGAACCCAAUGCACCUAAAAGCAAAUGUUCUUCCAAAUCUGUCAAUACAACCCAGAGUGAAGACGUGAAAGAAGAGGUUUUGAAUGAUGUGACACCCAGCCGUCUUGCAAAAAUGAAACUAAGUGACACUGAAUCACCUGGGAAAAAAACAAUAAAAAAUACGCAGUCUGUUGGGGCAGAUGAUUCAGAGGAAUCAUGUGGCCAAAUACAAGAACAUCACAGUAAAAUACUUGUGAGGGAGGGGAAAUCAGAGCGUAUGGAUCUUUCUUCGACUGAUUGCAUGAGUCCCAAACAAUUUUUAGAAUCCCAAGGGCAAAUAACACCAAAUGAAAGUAAAAAAAAUCCGGAAUGCAAAAGAGCAGAUGACAAGGGAGAUGCACAGCAGUCUUUCACCCAUGCUGAUAAAUUAAGGAGGGGACAACGAGCUAGUGCCGUGAGCAGCCCCCAAAAGGACAUAGCUGUUGCACAAAGAACUGAUAGCGUUGGUAGAUGCAGGAUGCCUGAAAUCAGUGUGGCCAGUGAUGAAGAACAAACAGGUGAAUAUGCUGAAUCUGUAUCCCACAGCAGUGAAAGAGCAAGCAGUGGAAACAACUCCGUUGCAUUGUUUCUGAGCAAAGAUGAAAGCGAUGAAUCCGAAAGUAGUGAUGUGGCGGACAUUGAUACAGUUGAAGAGGAUCUGUGUUAUAAAGAGGCAGAUCAGAGGACUCCUUCCCUCAAAAAAUCUUUGAAAAACAGUUCACUGCAUGCUGAAGGGCUUUUUGUAAUUGAUACUGAGCCUGGCAUGAGUUCCAGCCAAAAAUACUAUCUAGAUCAGGUAGACCAAGAUAGUGAUGCUAAAAGUAAGCACGAAGGAAGUCAAAAAGGUGAAGAGUCCUCAGAUCUGGAAGAGGCUGAAGAGGAAUUGAUAGACGAAGAUGAGAAGGAUGAAGAUGAUGAUUUGUUGAAAAAUAAGAUCGACGUUUUACAUCUUUCCAGCAGCAUAGACCCUGGUUUGAAUAUCAAGAAGCUUGGAGGUUUAUAUAUUAGUUUUGAUGCAAAAAACCAGAAGCUUAGAUCAAGUGUAAUUAAUCAACUGAAGGAGAAAAAGAAGGACCAGCUCUUGCAGAAGAGUAUAAUAACUCCAGAUUUUGAAAAGAAGGAAUGUGUCCCACCCCUCAGGGAAUCACUUCACCAGCUGAAGAAACAGCGCAGGGCAGAGCGAGAGAAAACAACAGGUGACGGUUGGUUUGGUAUGAAAGCCCCAGAAAUCACAAGUGAACUGAAAAACGAUCUUAAAGUUUUGAAGAUGAGAGCUUCAUUGGAUCCUAAGCAUUUUUAUAAGAAGAAUGAUAGAGAUGGUCUGCCCAAGUACUUCCAGGUUGGAACUGUGGUUGAUUCUCCCAUAGACUUUUACCAUAGUCGAAUCCCUAAGAAACAAAGGAAGAGAACAAUCGUUGAAGAGCUGCUUGCAGAUUCUGAGUUCAGAAGAUAUAAUAAAAAGAAGUAUCAGGAGAUCAUGAGUGAAAAAGCAGCUUUUGCAGCAGGGAAGAGGAAUCGGAAGAAGAAGAAAUUUCACAAUUAAGACUUGAAGAAAAAUAACAAGCUGGAACAACUUACUUGUUAUAAAACUUUUUACAGAAUGCUUUGGUUGUGGUGGUUUUUUCUUUUUUUUAAGGUUGCAGGUCACGUGCAAAUUGAGGUUUAGGGAAUUUCUUGCGCUGAGAAUUUGCUAGGGAGGUUUAUCAAAUUGUCAGGUAAAUGAAUUUAGAUUUUGAAAUUAUUUUUUAUUUAAUGAAUGUGUAUUUAAAAAGAUAAUUAUAUGAAAGCAUAUUGUUAAAUCUGAGCACAAAAUCCACCUUCCUGGACUGUGGUCUUUUCGGGCUUCAGUCUUUACAUCCAUGAAUUAAUAAAUUCAGUUAUGUGUGUAGUUCACCUUGGCACCCGUUAUGUGCCAGAACAGA